AGAGGCUAUGGUAACCAAAAAAGUAACGUGUUGCGUUAACUGAUUUCAACAUUGUUGUCUAUCAUCGAAGACUGGAACAAUGUUUUUGAUCGUUGUCGUCAGUUUUUCUUUAAUUUCAGCCGUUGUUCAGACAGAGCCUGUCAUGGACUCCUGGUAUGUUGCUGCUGUGUAUGAGCACAACUUAAUCCUUAACCCUGAGCCUGAUGUCCCCCUGUCCCGCCCUGAAGCCCUGCAGCACAUGCAGAAAAACCUGGAUAUCUACGAGGAGCAGGCUGCCCAGGCUGCUCAGCAGGGUGCCCAGAUCCUGGUGUUUCCAGAAGAUGGUCUUCAUGGUUUUAACUUCAGCCGUUCUUCCAUCUCCGGCUACCUAGAAACCAUUCCUGACCCCCAGCAGGAGAGCUGGAAUCCCUGCACAGAGCCUGGCAAAUACAACAAUACUGAGGUUCUCCAGCAGCUGAGCUGUAUGGCCCGUCGUAACAACCUCUACCUGGUGGCCAACAUGGCUGACCUGCAGCCCUGCCCCCUGAAGACUGACCCCUCCUCCUCCUGUCCCUCUGAUGGACGCUGGCAGUUCAACACCAACGUGGUUUUCAGGUCAGAUGGUCUGCUGGUGGCUCGCUACCAUAAACACAACCUCUACUUUGAGCAGUCCUUUGACACGCCGCCGCAACCUGAGAUCAUAACGUUUGAUACACCUUUUGCUGGAAGGUUUGGCCUCAUGAUCUGCUUUGACAUCCUGUUCCACAAGCCCACAAUUGCCCUCGUGGAGAAGGGUGUGCGUCAGCUGAUCUUCCCCACAGCCUGGAUGAACCUGCUCCCCUUACUUGAUUCAGUCCAGUUCCAGCAGGCAUUCAGCUUAGGUGCCAAUGUCACCCUACUAGCGGCCAACCUUCGUAAAGACCAAUAUAACAUGAGAGGAAGUGGUAUCUACACCCCUUUUUCUGCCACCUACCACCACGCCCAGAAAGGAGACCCAGAGGAGGGCAGGCUGCUGGUGGCCAGGGUGCCAGUCUUAGACCCACUGUGGGUGGGGCAGAGUGUAACCACAGAGGAGGGGUUAGUUAGGAGUGAGUCCACAUCAUCUACAGCUACAGACUCUGGAGUCUGUCACCAAGAGAGCUGUUCUGAUUCUCCCCCUCCUGAAACUGCUUCAUUAGUUCCUCCCUCCUCUGCCACCUUCAUCUCAUCCAUAGAUCACGACCCAUUUACAUUUGUCCUCUUAAACGAGACAGAGGGCAAAGUGAAUGUGUGUAAUGGCACCUUUUGCUGUCACCUGCAGUACCGGCGGUUACCACAGGGUGACAGUAAAGAGCUCUACGCAUUGGGGGCAUUUGCUGGAACACACACUAUGGAUGGGCGCUAUGCCCUGCAGGUGUGUGCACUAGUCCGCUGUGCAGGGUUGGAUGCCAGUUCCUGUGGACAGGAAGUGGAAGAGGCUGAGUCUAAAAUGGACUUCCUGUUGGAGGGGAAGUUUGGGAGCAGAUAUGUGUACCCAUCAGUUUUGGCUAGCAAGAUGGUCCUGGAGCAGCCAGAACAUCUGGAAACAGCUGCAGAUGGCAGAGUGACCAUGAAACACUCAAACAUGACUGGUGGCCUGGUCACUGCCUGUCUGUACGGACGAAUGUAUCACCUGGACAAUGAAUGAACUGCUUUGAAAUAGAUAGGUUUGUCAGGAGAAGAUUUUUUUAAAUACAUUUAAAAAGCUGUUCUGGAGCCAUAUUAAAAUGAGCUAGCCUGCCUCUUAACAUUAUAAAGCCCCGACUUUCAAGAAUUUGUCUUCUUUCAUACACAAACUGCAAUUAAUCAAAAACAAAUCUCUUUAUUCGUUCAUUACUUAAUCCGUACAAACAUUGAACCAGUAGCGUACAUCCUCUGCCUGAAAGUAGCUUGUUCCUUAAAAGGCAAUAUUUAUUAAUCACACACACACACACACACACACACACACACACACACACACACACACACACACACACACACACACACACACACACACACACACACACACACACCCUUCCCCCUGUCUCCAGCAGUACACAGACAUUGAGUAGUUACAGCAUUGUAAGUUCAAAGUUGAGCCGCUCAUUCGGGUCAUCAAUCAAGUGACUGGACCAGUCAUACAGUAAAUGGAUCUUACAUCCACCUGUUGUCCUAAACAGCUCCCAAUGAUUCAGUCCACUUGGAAUAAAUUCAUAGGAUUCAAUAAUGACUUCCUCUCCAAGGAAUUUAAAAGUGGUUCAAUAACAAUGACACAGCAUUACCAAUGUGCGUGAGUGACAGCCAUCAGUGUCUGCCUUCAAAGCUCGAAGAACUCUGAAUAAAAACUCAAAAGUACAGUCGGGAAAGCGAUAAUCAAUCUCCUGGUCCCAUGUGAUUGUCCCUGUGUUUUUUCUUUAGACAAUCGUGCC